AUGUCAGCGACCGCUGCAUCCACAAUUCCCCGUUCCUAUUAUCCUUCUCAAUUCGCCCGGAAUGUCCUCAAGACAACACUGAAGAGGAUGGCCAACAACUUUGCUCAGAAUGAGCGAGUAUUUUGGCACGACCGCGCCGUUAUCGACUCGAUCUCGAAAGACAUUGGACAGAGGGGGACGUGGAAGGAGCGAUGUAAUCUCUCCUUCGCCCAAGUAUCCCCCUAUUGCACAGCUCACGUUCUUGAGGCACGAAAGCCAGCGAAGAAUUCGUUAUCGAAAUGGUUGCUGUAUCUUCAUGGUGGAUAUUUCUGUUUGUUCAGCCCAGAAUAUUACUAUGAAGUGGCAUCUAAGUUGGCUGAGGAGAGUGGUUGUCAGGGUGUAAUCAUCCCGCACUACAGACGCCCGCCGGAGCAUAAUGCUCCUGCAGCCUUGGAAGAUUGCGUGAGUACCUAUCGCUGGAUGAGGUCUGAAGGCCUAGCACAGCAGGUCGCGGUAGCAGGCGAUUCAGCCGGAGGGAAUCUGGGCGCGGCUCUGAUGCUCUUGACCCAGGAUCAACCCCCGGAGGCGUGUUGUCUCCUCUCGCCAUAUCUUGAUCUCACAAAUGGAAGCGACUCGUAUCAAAUCAACAAGGACACGGAUCCUAUUGUGUCUGAUGAGCUCAAUCAUAAGGUGGCGUGGAUAUACCUCCAGGGCGCCCUCGACUACGAUAGCUUGAAGAAGGACUGCAGAGUAUCGCAGCCGUCCGCCUGUCAGAGUCGCGUUGCUAAAUUCCACGUGGCUGCUCAGAAUCCUCUCGCAUCACCUGUGUAUGCUUCCAAUUUACCAGAGGUCUUCAAGAACACUCCUUUGCAAAUUCAAGCCAGUCUUUCAGAAGCGCUCUUGAGCGACUCUGUGCGGUUCUAUUCGAAAGUUACUGGAAUGGCCAUGCCCUCCACGGAAGAGCUUGUCCGCCAUAAUGAAUACAUUGAAUUUGAUAGUCCUCAAGGCCAUGUAUUGGAGUUGUUCCCUAAAGAGGGCCAUGCAUUCCCAGUGACUGCUCCCAAGCGUGCUGACUCGCAGAAGGCUCUUCAGUCGACAUCAGCCUUCUUCAGGAACGCCCUGAAUACCAACAAACUCGACUGACUUGUAUGUUUAACCCCUUCCUAUGUUCAACCUCUUCCUUAUUCUAAUAUUACUACUACUACCCUUACUAGCGUCUGAAGGCAUAUCCAUCGCUAUCAGGCUGAUAGUAUUCUCAGCUUGAGUAGCAU